GCUCAUUUGAUUCCGGCGUUUUCUUCCGGUCGUGGUACCACGUCUCUUCGCUAUGGGAAUGAUGAAUUAGAUGACUGGGAAGGAUAUUAUGUUGGCAUAUUCAUGGACCGUGAUAUGUUUAUGCUCCUACGAGGAAUGGCAAGAGAUUGUGCAGACGUGGACCUCGCGGAUAGCCUGGAACCAGAGGGGUAUGGUAAUGUUGUCAAUACUGACAGCUUUGACGGAGGAGGGGAGGAAGAGGACCAUGACAGCGAAGAUGAUGAAGACACGAAUGAACAGGAGUCUGAUGGUGAGAGUGAUAGUGACCUGGAUGAGGGGAUAGAAGAUGGUGAGGGCAAGGGCAAGGGCGAGGACAAGGACAAGGACAAGGACAAGGAAGACAGCUUAUCUUUCUAACUCGGAGCGAAGCAGACUAUAGCUCAGCCUUACCUACUAGUAGUACUAGCA